GACCGGUAAAUCCGGUUUACCGGAAAAUUUACCGUUACCGGUAGUGUCCGAGAAAUGGAUUUCGGUGAUAUUUCGCAUUUACCGUUUUCAAAUUUGAAAAUUUCAAAAAAAUUAUAUAAAAUAGGGUAAAAAUCUGAUAAAAAACUAGACAUUUUUAUGAGCAUUUUGGACUAAUAUUUUUUGUUGAAAUGUAACCUCAUAUGUUGUGUAAAAAAAAAAGAAAAUGAGCUUUUACUGUUGAACGACUCACCUUAUCCAUUCGCACGCCCCGAGCAGCCGUCCACCCUCCCCAUUUCUCCUCCUCCAGUCCUCCGACACCCGAGCUGCUCCCUCCUUGGCUCCCGGCGAUUUCCGACCGGAUCCCACCGGUUUCCGCGCUCGUGGAGGCGGUUUCCGACCGGCAAGAAGAGGUUUCCGGGCGGGCGCGGGCGCCGGUGCCGCUGCCGGCCGCUCCCGUCAUUUCCCGAGCGGAAAUCGGGGUGUUUCGGCCGGAUUUCGUCGCCGGUCGCGCGUAGCUUCCGCUUGCUCCGGGUUUUGCGGUUUUCGGAAGUUCCGGCCGGUAAAUCUUUGAUUCCGACCGGUUUUUCUCCCUACCGACCGGAUCCGGCUGCUGUGGGUAAGGUUUUUUUUGUUUGAAUUUUUUUAUGGUAGCAAGUAGUGUAAUAUAAGUAUUAGUAGAAGUAUACAAUGUUUUUAUGGAUUAGAAAACGAGAAUGUGCAUGUAUUUGUUAUUCAUGUUUUGUUAUGUAUGUGUAUGAGUACAAAUGUGAAAAUUAAUAUGCAUGUGUUAUGACAAAUUGAGAAUGUGCAUGUUUUUUUGGUAUGUGAAUAUGCAUGUGCAUGUGUAUGAAUGUUGCACCGUUGCAGGUAAAUGGUUGACCCUGUUUGGGAGCAUGGAGAAAAAAGGGGAUCGGGUUUCAAGUGCAAGUAUUGUGGCACAUCAAAGAGCGGUGGAGGGGCAACACGGUUCAAGGACCACUUGGCACAUAGAGGUCAUGAUGUUAUUGAUUGCCCUUCGGUUCCCCCCGCGGUGAAGAACUUUUUCAUUAGUGAGUUGGACAAGAUAAAGGCGAAGAAGUAUGAAAGACAGCAAGAUAGACGUAGGAGAGAUGCUGCAGCUCGAAGUACUCAAUAUGUUGACUUUGAAGGUGAGGAAGAAGAAGAAGAAGAGCAGGAUGAUGAGUUGCAGCAAGCUUUGAGACAUUCACGGGAAGAGUAUGAGUUUAGGCAAAGGGCUGGUCCAAGGUAUGAGAGGGGUGGUGGUUCUGGAUCAGGCCAGGCACGGGAUCCAGGUGGUGGCUCUAGACCAAUUGGGAGGAUGUUUUCUAGGAGUCGGUCACAUAUCCCCGAGCGGGCAAGGGACUAUAACCUUGCUACUGCUUCCGGACCGAGGCAGCAGAGGAUUGAUACGGGGCCUUGGACGUCUAAGGGGAGGACUGCGAGAGAGUUGCUGGGUAGGGCGUGGUCAAAGGCUUGCCACUCCGUUGGUAUUCCUGGACGGAAGGUAGAUGACCCUUACUUUAGGGCGGCCAUCAUAGAGACACAGAAACAAGGUACUGGGGUCACGAUCCCAACUGGGAGGGACAUUGAUGGAAAAUAUCUUUCAGAGAACGUGGAGGAGAUAAAGAAGGAGAUCAACAAGUGGAAGCAAGAGUUCCCUGAGUAUGGUGCCACUAUCAUAUGUGAUUCAUGGACCGGUAUUUCUCGCAAUAGCGUAAUCAACUUCUUGGUAUAUUGCAAUGGAAUGAUGUACUUCUGGAAGUCUAUUGAUGUAACUGGAAAAAUACAAGAUCAUCAUCUCAUACUUAAGGAGAUAACAAUUGUUCUGAACGAUAUAGGGCCAGAAGAUGUGAUUCAGAUAGUCACUGAUAAUGGCAGCAACUUUAAGAAGGCUUGCAAGCUGUUGGCAGAGGAGUACCCUCACAUUGUGUGGCAGCCAUGUCUUGCCCACACGAUCAACCUCAUUCUUAAAGAUAUUGGAAAGUGGGAUGAUCACAAGGCCAUGAUUCAGAGUGCCCAAUAUAUUUGUCAAUGGUUAUACAAUUCUAAUAGUGUGCACUCCAUGUUUAAGAGUGCCACUGGUGGGGAGCUAGUUAAAUGGAAUGCAACAAGAUUUGGCACUAACUAUAUGUUUCUGGAGAGUUUUAUGAAGAAGAAAGAUCAAUUUAUGAUAUGGAUGAUGUCAACUGAAUAUAGAUCAUCACGCCACUACAAGACUGAAGCAGGCAAGUAUGCAUUCGAAUGCAUGACCUCUGUUCAAUGGUGGGCAAACAUGCAGUAUGUUAUUAAUGAUGUGGAGCCUCUCUAUUCUUUUUUGCGAUUUGCUGAUCAAGACAAGACUCCAACUUUGGGUGAAGUUCUUAUGGAGUACGGCAGCCUCAAGCGUACAUAUCAUACCCGGUUCCAUUCAGAUAUGGCAAGGUGUGACAGGAUCAUGGAAAUUGUUGACAGAAGGUUGGCUAGUGUGUUCGAAGGUACGUAUGCGCACACUGCUUGUGCCGUACACCCAUAUGCUUGUUAUGCGUUUGGAAUAUCAGAAAAUGUCUUUGGAGACCUUCGGAAAGGGCUGGAGAAACUUUUUGACAUCGACAGAGCAGCACGUGCACUACAAGAGUAUGAGCUCUUUCGUCGAAAACUUGGAGAAUUCUCAUCUGACCUUGCUGCGAGGAUGGCAAAAGAUAGAGGCACUUCUCCAGCUAGUUGGUGGGCUAUGUUUGGUUCAGAAACACCACAUCUUCAGAUAGCAGCUAAGCGACUACUCUCUCAAUGCGCAUCAUCAAGUGGAUGUGAAAGGAAUUGGAGUUCCUUUGCCUUUAUUCACACAAAGCUUCGCAACAGGUUAAGCAGCAUGAAGCUCCAUAAUUUGGUAUAUGUGCACUACAACCUUCGGCUUCGUAUUCAGCGUGCAACAGCUACAGUUGAGGCAAGUGAUUUCGAUCCUGCUACUAGCUUCAUGGAUCUCUCAUUGUAUCGGCAGACCAGGCCAAUUGAAGAAUGGAUGCAGCAUGGUAGAUCAAAUAGAGCACCAACCUUAGAUGAAGAUUCUGAUUUUGCCGACCCUCCUGUGCCUGCUCAGAUCUUGACUGACCUCGCACGUAGGGUGGGUGAGCCAGUAAAUGUUGAUGAUUGGGCCAGAGAGAAUAUUGGUGACACCCACCUAGGGAAAAGAAAGACCAAAAUUCCUCCAAAUCAGUCUAAACGAAAAAAACAAAGAAAGGGUGACGUUGAGGAGGAAAGCAUUGGCACUGACGAUACCACACCAGAGCCUAGUGAUGAUGGACAUGGUGGUAGUGGUGGUGAUGAUGAUGACGACGACGACGAUGACGAUGAUGGUGAUGGCAAUGAGGGUGGUGAUGACAAUGACGAUGAUGAUGGGGAUGAUCGUGGUGGUGCUUCUACUAGUGGUGCUCCAACUGGUGCUAUGAGAUUUACGGGAGAGACUGCCUUCACUCAUGCCACACAAGAUCAAGAUCAUGGAGCACCCAGCUCUCAACGUCGCACAAGAAGCAAUACUCGUCCAUUAGGCCCGUACGACGGUGAGGAUGAUGGUAGCUCUACCUCUGUCAGUUCCACCUACAGCUACCCGUCGGCACCCUCCUUUGUGUGGCCACCACAACCACAUCCGAUGGCUGUCCCUCCGCGUCCUCUAUAUGGAUAUCCCCAUAUGUACUAUCAAGGAUAUCUCCCAUAUGGAAAUCCUCACAUGUACUAUCAGGAAUAUCCCCCAGAGCAAGAUCCCUCCGAAUGAGUACCUAAGAUUCGACGUUACAAUGGGAGUCAUCAACAAUUUCCGGUCGGUCGUAAGGUUUUCCUAUGGGAAAACACCGAAAUAAAAAUUUUAGAGUAUAUUAUGUGUUAACUAUUUGAGACUUGUAUUAUUUGAACCUAUAUUUUAUUUGAACCUAUAAAUUGUGUUAACAAGUUGAACCUAUAUUUUAUUGCAUUUGGAUUGUGGUUUGUAUUGAUAUACAUAUGUUUUACGUCAAUUCUAUUAAUAUUUGCUUUGUAA